GCGAGCGACGGCCGACUGAGUCUCCACGAACGCGCCCGAAGUUUCCGCGACUUGUGUUCCAUUUUCAAAAGUAUUUAUGGGUUUAUUUUUUUCGUUGUCACCAGUGCGAAAGUUAAACUUUUAAAUUUCGAAUGUAAAAUGUUUAAAAUGAAUGUAACGUAAUAAAACUUGAGUUCAUCUAAAUUCAGUGCAAGUGUUAACGAGACGAGUGAUAUUAAACUUUGCGGAAGAUAAGUACGUGUCGGUUGAAAAGUUUUGUGUUAAUUUAAUUACUGAGUGCAAGAUCUCUUUACUUAAGUGCUGGUUCGUGUAUUUUCUCUACGUAUUCAUAAUAUGCACCAUGGAAACCUCCAACAUCACACAGGAGAAUGGCACAGAGAACUACCAGCCGUACUACGAACGGCCAGAGACGUAUAUAGUGCCCAUCAUCUUUGCGCUGAUCUUCGUCAUCGGCGUCGUCGGGAACGGAACCCUGGUGGCCGUCUUCGUCAGGCAUAAAGCCAUGAGGAAUGUUCCUAACACGUACAUCCUAUCCCUUGCUCUUGCUGACCUGCUGGUCAUCAUUACCUGCGUGCCCUUCACUUCGAUCGUAUACACUGUGGAGUCAUGGCCGUGGGGUGCAACCGUCUGCCGCGUGUCAGAAGUCGCGAAGGACGUCAGCAUUGGAGUGUCGGUGUUUACUCUAACAGCCCUAUCUGCUGAUCGGUACUUCGCUAUUGUCGACCCAUUGAGGAAGUUGCAUGCUACAGGAGGCAGUAAGCGAGCAACACGGCUGACUAUAGCAACAGCCAUUGGUAUUUGGAUUCUGGCAGCGCUGUUAGCUACUCCUGCAUACAUGGGCUCAUAUUUAAGAGGCUUUGUUGUCAACCCUACUACACAGAUCCUGGUAUGUUACCCAUACCCAGUGGAGUGGGGGAUAAACUAUCCAAAGAUAAUGGUGCUGAUGAGGUUCCUGGUGUACUACUCCUUGCCGCUGCUCGUCAUAGCGGUGUUCUACAUACUGAUGGCGCGCCACCUGGUGUUGAGCACACAAAACGUCCCAGGAGAAAUGCAGGGGACUCAAAGACAGAUGCGAGCGCGGAGGAAAGUUGCUGUAACAGUUCUAGCGUUUGUACUAGUAUUUGCUGCUUGCUUCCUUCCCUCACACGUUUUCAUGUUGUGGUUUUAUUUCUGCCCAACAGCACAAGAAGAUUACAACGGUUGGUGGCACGGUCUACGCAUCAUUGGGUUCUGCCUAUCCUUCCUCAACAGCUGCGUCAAUCCAAUAGCUUUGUACUGUACUAGCGGCAUAUUCAGAAAACAUUUUAAUAGGUACCUUCUAUGCCGAGGUACCUCUACUCAUGGCACAAGAAGCUCAAUGUCCCUCUCAACCUCCAGGAGAUUGCAUUCGAGCAGAAAAACCAACAUCAGCAUGGUACCUCGGACGACAAGUGUUGGCCGCGACAGCAGCAUCAGGUUGCUGAAUAACGGCUCGUCCAAGCUCUGAGUACGGUGUCACGGCCCGAACACAACGGCCAAUAACAACCAAGAGCGUCUCAAACAGAACUACAGCAAGUCCUUCGUGUACAAAGCUGAACCGACAGCACCCUUCCCCAAGUGUUGUGAGAAGGAAAACGGUUGUAAGAAUACAGACUCUAAUGCCGAAGGUCGAGACGUCAGUAGCACCGAGAGUUUCUACUUGACCGUGGACAAUUUUCAUUCCUGUUAAGUCAGAAUUGAUAAAUUGUAUAAAAUUACGAGUUAAGUUCAGCUUACCGUCUAUAAAUAGGUGGUGAAACGAAUAUUUAUAAGACCUGUAACAUACCAAAAAUUAACAGUUCCUUGAUUAAAAUUAAGUUAAUACAUUUUUAGGUCGUAAUGCCGAAGUUAUAGAGUUAAUUAAACAUAAUUUACUUGAGUUUCUAAUUAUAAAAUAUUCUAAUAAUCGUAGAUAAUUAAUAAAGUAGGAGUUUAAUUAAUUUGUUUUAGUUUUAUACAAUAUUCUAAUUUUAUUUAUUCCUUUUUUUAACUGUGAAUGUUUCGUCUCUUUUGCUCUAAAUCUUUUGAAGGAAACAGCAUGACAUAAAAUCACAACAGUAACUAGCAAUUAGUUUCUGCGACAUAUUAUCAAAAUUAUGAACAUCCCUCUUUACUUUAACCUACGUUUUCUUGCCUGAGUUUAGGAACUCCCUAACACAGAGCUGUUGCUACACACCUAAUUUCUUAGCUGCUGAGAAUAAUCACCUAUAAACAAUCACCAUGACUAAGUUACUAAUAGAUUACUGUUAAAUGUUCCGAUACUAGAAGUUCUGCUUGAGGGUACAAUGCUCUAGUAUAAACACAUAUUAUAAAAAUAAUUUAUUUCGUUGGACCCAUAAUCAUAAUUCGAGGGAUGACUGGCUAUUUGUUUUAAACGAUAUUUUUUUUCAAUGAUACAUUAUGUGUCGUACGAAUUUGCCUCAUUUUUACUGUUUUAUGGAUUGUUUAAAAUGGUGUCUUUAUUAUUACUUGGUGUCUUUUUGUUUUAUAUCUGCUAUUAUUGCUCGACAUUGCCAAAAUCACCGAUAAAUAAAUGGUGGAAGCCAUAAUAUAAAAGUAGAAUAUUUUUAUCAAUUACAUGCAAGCAUGAACUGGCGUGUAUUUAAAUAGUACUAACAAUAUCGACUGUAUUGAAAUAAAACUAUGUUACUGAUUUUAUUGCGGCUAUUUACAGCCUUCAUCGUCACGGGGCGACUACGAAGACCGUAGAUAAAAUAGUUUUAUUUCAAUGUCUAAUCUAUUCGCGUAAACAUAAGAAAUUAUACCGACUGUAAACUCAAUGUCACCAAAAAGCCGCAUAAACUAAUUAGCCUUUCACCCCUCAAUAUAGAAAUACGAUAAAGGCAAA